AUGGCGGACUCACAGAGCCCCGAGGCUCGCGAGUUGAGCCUGAUAGGCAAGGUGGAAUUCAGGAUUGCCAUGGCAGACACAGACGAGAAGCUGCAGUCAUUACUUCAAACCUAUCUGGCCCCAUUACUGUUGAAACUGGGGUCGGAGAGCGUGGCGGUUCGCAACAAAAUCAUCUCGGUCUGCCAGCAUGUCAACGCCCGAGUGAAGGCCCCCUCUAUCCAGCUGCCCGUAGCAGCUCUGCUCAAACAAUUCAAGGAGCAAAAAUCCCAACUGGUCAGACAUUUUGAUCUCAUAUAUGCCCAACAAGGCAUUGACCGCCUUGGUUCCGAGGCCAGAGUCGACAUUCUAUUGCCCUUGCUCCAGGGUAUCUCGCAAAUCGGAACUUCGCCCACCCAGGGUGCUAUCGUGUUUAAUCUGGUACUGCGCCUGCUACCCCUUCUGAAGCUGCCACCCAAAGGUAGCGAAGAGGAUCGGGACUUGAAAAAGCGGCUCGGUCUGUCAGAUGACGAUGCCCAGUUCCUGUCUUUUUGGCUGGCCAAAUUGCUCCUUCUUACCCCUGGACCCAAGGAGUCAACAACGUGUCCCGGUCUUUCUCCGGAAGAAUACACAUUUUUAAACAAAGGUGUGCCCGCAAACGAAACAUGGAAUCCGUCAGCAGACGGCGGCUUGAACCUCACCGAAACCAAGGUCACUGCUCUCCGAUUCAUCGGCAGUGGCGCUUUCAAUGACGCCCAAAGAUUUUUGCCAUCACUUAUCGCUUCCUCCGAUGGCAACUCUCGCCUUGCUGACCUAGGCGAUGAAACCCUCAAGCGAUUUGCCGCUGAUCUCGAGAAUCCCGCAGUCGUUGAGGAACUGUAUGGUCUCUAUUUCGGCACCACUGGAGCUCCCCCUGCCCGACCCGCGCUCCAAGUUAAGCUCCUAGCUUUCCUAGGAAAGUCCAUCAAAGCCACAGCUGACCUGCAGAGGAUUUUGAGACUUAUUGAAGAUGGGCUUCUUUCCGAUUCUGCAAGGUCCUCCCAAGGCUUGCAAGCAUCCAAACUCAGAACCCAAAUCUUCACUUUCACCACGUGGGUUGUUCGUAUGGGCUCCCCGUCUGAUCUCAAAGAAAUCGCACCCAAGCUUAUUGCAGGGUUGAGGGAUUUUAUUCAAUCUCAAGGAUGGCCCAGUCCCGCGGUUAGUGGAAACAAAUUACCCACAACAGAUCUCAGCCUGCGAGGCCUAGCCUACGAGAGUAUUGGUAUCAUGGUCCCCAAGGUCGAUUUCCUUAUGCAAUCCGAUGCCGUGGAGAACUUUGAGUUCGAUCUAGUGCGAUGGCUCUUUGCGUCCUUGAGCGCAGAUGAUUCCAGUCCUCAGAUCUUCGUCAGCAUUGACCAGGCGCUAGGCAGUAUUCUCAACUCCUCAUUAGACAGUCAUGAUAAGACCUUUCAAGACCAGCUGCGGCCAUUUUUGGUUCGUCAAAUGAGCAUGCAACCUGGCGAUAUUGACCCCGAAACUGGUUAUCGUGUCGUUCGAGGUGUUCAGUAUGCGGCAGUGCGGUUCGCGAACCGAUUCUUGCCCUUUGGUGAUGUGAUCGCCCGUUGGAUCGAUUUGAUGGCCAUUGCAAGAGGCCCGGAACGACAACAAGAGAUCGUUGAGGAAGGCAAGAAAGGACUCCAUCCGUAUUGGUACCGAUUGCUUAACCCCACAAAGGAUCAGAAAUGGUCCGGUUUUGCAACGCAACACGAUGAAUCCUGGUUUGAUUUCCCUAAGUUCAGCGAGGCUACUCGCUUCCUGCUGGGGUCAAAAGAGCAAGAAGACCAGUCAAAUAUCCAAGCGCUGUCCGCAUCGAAGCUCUUGUCUGGUCCCUACAAAAAUUCAUUUGUACCUGCCAUUUCGUUCCUCCGCAAUACAUUGCUUUGGGAGGCUUUCUCAGCGGCGAAGAUUCCUGCAGAGCUAGAGCAAGACUGGGACUACAAGUUGGAAGUGCUUUUAUCUUCCAGCGUAGAGGCACGCGCAGCCGUGAGACAGUACACACGAAAGGCCGCAAAGGAGUCUGUUUUGACACUAUUGUCCGGGACUCUAGAAGGUCUUGCGAUUAGCGGGAGACAAGGUCUGCGGCAAUGCGGCGUUCAUUUUGUUGAAAUUUGCUCGCUGGUACCCAACGAUGUUGUUGAGCAGUUGCUUUCGCGUGCAAGCUCAUUGAUGGAGCCCAUUUCCAGUAACAACCAGGAGAAUCAGGAUAUUACUGCGCGCGCAUUUGGAAUCCUGGUUUCGCACCCUAAAUUCCCAGAGAAUGAACUGCAAAGUUUCAUCACUGGACUAACUGGUACUAUUCAAUCAUGGAAUACUGCUGUCGGUGAAGAGGUCAUGCGAGUCCGCGGCGCCAUUUUAGCAUUUGCAUAUCUGCUAAGUCGACUGGCGUACCGCAAUUUGACAAAGAGAACCCCAGAAACACAAGUCAAGCAGUUCAUUGAAACUGUAUUUGAUAUUCUGGAUGUUUCGCGUGAUACUCUCCUUCAGCGGACCGCGCAGGUGGCCAUCGGCCAGUUAAGUCUCUCCGGAGUACUCACUCUCGAAAUCCUUGCCGAGGAUGGUUGGAAAAAGGUCCAGGAGAAGCUCUUGCGAGAUGCAAAGACUGAGAAUCAGAUUCCUAUCAGCUCAUUGGGCCUCCUCACCUUGACAUUCUCCCGAUCUGGGUCUGAUGGCACCCUGUUCAAGGAUUUUCUGGGCUCGCUGUACAGUCUACAUGAGAUUCGCAGUCCCGAAGUCCAGUUCACUGUUGGCGAGGCCCUGUGCAACGUCGCCGUCGGAUGGGAUUCUCGGGCUCUGAUCCAAGACUUUGAUCUUGACGCAGAAUUCCCUAGCUCGGAUGUCCCUCGUUCGGUGUUUGCAGACGUUUGUGAUAAGGUUAUUGCUGGUUGCAUUGCGCCUAAGCCAUCUCUCCGGAAGGCGUCUGCAAUCUGGCUGUUGUCACUAGUCAAGAACUGCGGCCACAUGCAAGAGAUGCAGGACCGCCUGCGCAAGUGCCAAGCUACCUUCAGCAGUCUCCUUGGAAAUCGUGAUGAAGUGGUGCAGGAGACCGGCGCACACGGACUAAGUCUUGUCUAUGAGAUUGGCGACCAAUCGCUCAAGGAUGACCUGGUGCGAGAUUUGGUAGAGUCGUUCACUUCUACCGGCCCCAACCUCGGGGGUGGCAACGUGACGGCCGACACCCAGCUAUUUGAGCCGGGCGCCCUCCCCACUGGUGAAGGGUCGUCUGUCAACACGUAUAAGGAUAUCAUGAACCUUGCUGCUGAGGCCGGUGACCCGACUCUGGUCUACCGAUUCAUGUCACUGGCCUCUAAUAAUGCCAUUUGGACGAAUCGUGCAGCAUUUGGCCGCUUUGGCAUCAGCACCAUCUUUUCUGACUCCAGCGUCGAUGGCUACCUGGCUAAAAACCCCAAGAUCUAUCCCAAGCUGUUCCGUUACCGCUUUGAUCCUAACCCGAAUGUGCAGCGAUCUAUGAACACCAUCUGGCAGGCACUGGUCAAGGAUCCCACGGUUGUGAUUGAUACCCACUUUGAUGAGAUUAUUCAGGAUCUUCUCAAGAGCGUACUCGCUGGCCGAGAAUGGCGUGUUCGACAAGCCAGCUGUGCUGCCAUUGCAGAUUUGAUCCAAGGUCGUCGCCCAGAGAAGUUCGCUCAAUAUCUAGAUGAGGUUUACAGUAAAGCUUUCAAGCUACUCGAUGAUAUCAAGGAAUCCGUCCGGACUACCGCUUUGAAGCUCUGUCAGACCAUUACCAAUUCUGUCAUCCGCACUCUUGAGACAAAUGGCACAGAGAAGCGAGCAGCUACUCUACUCAAAAGUGCUAUCCCAUUUCUUCUGAGUGACAAGGGGCUAGAUUCUAGUGUUGAGGAGGUGCAAGGGUAUGCCAUUGGUGCUCUCAUACAAAUGACCAAGAAAAGCCCGGGCACCCUACUGCGUCCACACGUUCCCAACAUGUUGGAGAAAUUCUUGACUGCUCUCAGCUCUCUGGAACCGCAGGCCGUGAACUACGUCCAUCUCAACGCCGACAAAUACGGUCUUACUGGUCAAGAGAUUGACAAAAUGCGCUUGUCCAGCAUCCGUACAUCUCCCAUGAUGGAAGUGAUUGAGCGGUAUUUGAUUGACAAUUUGGACGAAUCCAACCUGGACGAACUGGCGCAACGACUCGAAGAUGUGCUUCGGUCGGCUGUGGGCCUGCCAUCCAAGGUCGGCUGCAGUCGCGUGCUGGUACUGCUGAGCAUGAAGACCCUGAUGUUCCGCCCGUACGCAGACCGAUUCAUCCAACUCCUGACCAAGUAUGUGGUGGACCGAAACGACACCGUGAGCGCUUCUUACUGUUCAUCAAUGGGCUAUCUUCUGCGACUCGCUUCCGACGAUUGUGUUCUCAAGACCAUUGACUUUGCCAAAAACCUUUACUUGAAUGCGGAGGAUACCACCCCUCGAGUAAUCUCUGGCGAGAUUUUGUACUCGGCAUCCAAACUGUCCAAUGACCGGUUUAUGGCAUUUGCAGCAACAGCUUUACCGUUUGUGUUUGUUUGCAAGCAUGAUGGCGAUGAACACGUGAAGGAACAGUUCGAAAAAACGUGGCAAGACAACGUCGGUGGUUCUCGCGCGGUGACCCUCUACAUCCGUGAAAUCGUCGGCCUUGUUUCGGACAAUUUGGACUCUCCCCGGUGGGCCAUCAAGCAUACAGCCGGACGCGCGAUUGCGCAAGCGGUUCAGUCACUUGACGCUGAAAUCGACCUCCCGACGGCCCAAUUGAUUUGGCCGGUGUUAGAAAGAGCACUAGCGGGGAAGACAUGGGAAGGCAAAGAGGCGGUGCUCAAGGCGCUAGUCAAAUUCAGCAGUCAAGCUCAGACAUUCUGGCAACCGAAGGAGUUGAGUAAUCUGAUAAAGACGAUUACGGUGCGCGAAGCGAAGCGCGCUAACGUUAUCUACCGGCCGCAUGGCGUACGAGCAAUGGGCGAGAUCGCACAAGCACGCAAGGAUCUCAAUUUCAUGGCCGACGCACUCAAGAUCAUACCGCCCGUAAUUGAAGAAAUGGUGGAUGAGGACCAUAUGGAGAUCGACUCGAAGAAUGGGACCCAGGAUGACACCCUUGCGGCGUGUGUCCAAUGCCUGCUGCAAUGUUUCAACCCCACCGCCGGUUCGGGUCAAGUGUUGGGAGAGUACGUGGAACAGAUGACCGGUCUGCUGGACCAGGUCUUCCAACACGGUGGACGACAGGUCAUCAGCACGGGCUACGAGGAGCUCCGGGCGUUUUUUACGCGAGUGGAUCCGUGGAUCUCGGAGUCAUCCGGUGAGAUAUCCUUGACUGCUCUUGCUAAUCUCCUCACGGGGGAGCUGGAUGGGUCUGUCGAGUCCAUCCGCAAGGGUCGUGCAGAGGCCAUUCUGGCGUACCUGAAACUGCCUACCCAAGGUGUGCCUGACACGCUUCCGGCCGAGCUUCGGGGGUGGAGGUCCAGCGAACGAUCUGGAGGAGUACAACGUGUGCUGGAUGAGGCCCUGGCACUCCUAGGCUAA